AUGACGACGUCCUCGACCUCUUCCGCUCUCAUUCUCGCCAUCAUCCUUCUGCUUGUCACCCCCUUGUCACCUGGGAACUGCGCAUCGACUGGAGAAGGUAACGCUCUCUUCUUCUCUUUCGGUGGGUCGGGGAAAAAUCGGAGCUUCACCACGAAGUUUGCCCUCUAUGGCGAUGCUGAGAUGAAUAGCUCGGAGGUGAGGGUGACGCGUGCGGCGAACGAGAGCUUCGGGUUUAUGAUUUACUGGAAACCAGUCAGAUUCUUCGGCACCAAGCCCGGGUUCUCUUCUUCCUUCUCGUUCUCUGUUUCUUCCGUGAAGUUCGUGACGACAGCAAGCCUCGUCGAAGUCGAUGUUGGCGGAGAACUUUUGACAAAAAGAAGUAAUCUUUCCGAUGAUGGUUUGCUUCUCAUCCUCAGCAGAGGAGAAAAAUUGCAUUCUUGGAUUGAUUACGAUGGAGAAUCGAAGAGAAUAGAGGUCAGGCUUUGCCAGGACAAGGAUCCGAAGGAAGCAGCCCCUUCGAUCUCUCACUCUAUCGAUUUGUCUUACAUGUUGUGGAGGGAGGCGUCCUGGGUGGGUUUAUCUUCCUGGAGUGGCAAUUCUAGUCAUGGCAGUAGCAUAUACUCGUGGAAUUUUACAAAGAAGAGUAAGCUCUGUACUUGCACAAUUCCAGUUUAUUCUGCAUUAAUGCUUAGCAGCUUCAAGCAUUCAUAUGACUGA